ACAACCUGAAAACCUGAAAGCGGAAGCCAGACACAGGUGUGUGUGUCUCUCUCUGUGUUUGUGUGUGUGUUGCCAGCAAAAGAACAAUAGGCAAACGCCGAAGUGGCGGGCAAAAGAGAGACGAGGAGAGCAAGAGAAGAGAAGACAAAAUGUGGAGACUCAGCAGAUGGUCGAGAGGUGGUUCAGUUGCUGCUGCUGUUCCUGUGCCCCAGUCAAGCUGCUGCUGGCUGCUAAUACUGCUAAUUAUUGGCCAGACUGUUUAUGCUGCCGCCAGCAUCAUUGAAUCCAGCCGCCUGGAAUCGACAGCAACUCAACCACAGACAAUAGCGCCAAGCAGCGAGCAUCGAGUGCAGCAGCAGCAGCAACAUCAACAGGAGUUCGGCAAUGCCAGCAGCACCACUUCCGACUAUCGAACAGCAUUUGCUGCUGCCGCAUCGACAACGACAUCAACAACAACAACAACAUCAUCGACCGCAAUCCUCAGCAGCAGCGGGGAGCAGCAUGCUUUAACGCUCGCUCGACCACCGCGCGGGGGACGCUUCAAGCGGCAGGAGGAGGAGGAAGAGAUUGAUCGCUGUCGACUCUUUGUGGAGGGCUCUCCGAACAAGAAUGAACUCUACAGUCCGGAGUAUCCCAAUCUCUAUCCCAAGAACAUCAAUUGCACGAGAGUCAUCACAGCGCCAAAGGGUCAAAUCAUACGCCUGGACUUUCGCAACUCGUUUAACAUCGAGGCCAAGGAAGAGUGCAAAUUUGAUUUUCUUGAAAUACGCGAUGGACAAUAUGGCUUCUCGCAGCUGAUUGGUAAAUUCUGCGGCACAGAUUUCCCACCGGAAAUCACCUCGAAGGAACGGUAUCUGUGGCUGCAUUUCCAUUCGGACGAUACCAUCGAAUACACGGGCUUCAGUGCCGUUUACGAGUUUCUGGAUCGCAAUCGAGAGUCGCCCAGCACGGACCUAAACUGCACAAUCGAAAAGGAUGGUUUUGAGGGCUUCAUCAACUCAACCGAUGUCCCAGCUGACAUAAGGGAGCAGGUGAUACGCGAUAAGAUUCCUCUCGAUUGCAUUUGGCGCAUACAAGUCAAGGAUAAUUGGAAAAUUUUUUUGAAAUUCCUGACCUUUCAGCUAAGCAAACCGAAUGACUGUGAGACGAACUUUCUGGAUAUAUUCCCAGAGCAAACAGUGAUGCCAUUAAGAGUGAAAAACUUUUGUGGCUCGGCGGGCGAAAGUAUUACAACAGAGUCCAAUAUUCUGCACAUGCGAUUUUACGCCGAACAAAGUGCGAUUACCUCAACGUUCGCCAUUCUAUACACAGCGUUUCGGGACCGCGGCUCAGGCAGUUGCGCCAGUGAUGAGUACGAUUGCGAAGAUGCGACCUGCAUAUCACAGGAACUAAUGUGUAAUGAGCGGGACAACUGCAAAUUUCGCUGGGACGAAGAGAAGUGCAAGACUGAAACGAAUGGACAGUCGGAGCACGUGGUCAUCAUUAUCAUUGUGUUUGGCCUGAUACUCGGCGGCAUGGUAAUCACAUUCAUUGUGAACUGCAUUCGAAAGAUAAUACGUGAUCAGAAGAUAAUACGCGAGCACAUACGUGAGUCCAAGGAGAGCAAACUGGACGAGAUGGGACGCAACUCCAAGGCACGUUCGCGUGAGAACAUAUCAAGACAAAAGCAUUCGCAGACCUCGUUACAAAUUCUUGAUGAUGUGUCGAAUCGUUAUUAUCGCGAGGCUGUUCCCAUAUCGACGCAGUCGAGCAAGGCGGACUUCAAGGAGAAGGAGCACAGCAUUCUGCGUCGCCAUCCCGACAUGACCCAAACGACGCUGUGCGGUGGCGUUGGCGGUGGCGGUGGCGGUGGUGAUGAUGGUGAAUCCUCGUCGACGACGACGGCAACGCACGAGAUGAUGACAAAGGCGGCGAUUGCGACCGCGCCGGUUAAUGCCUGUGAUAUGGGCUGUCAAACAAGGGAAUCGCUGUUUGCCAACAGUCCCAGCGCCGUUGCCACGCUAAUGAGACAAAAGUCCAGCUCGUCAUCGUUGGGCGGCGGCAGCGGAAUGGGCGUGGCUGUGAUGCCACCGCCACCGCCACGCUUCUUCAGCACAUUUGGCUAUGAUCAGGGCCUGGGUCCGGGCAUGGGAGGAGGACUGCUCAACACGCUGACGCGUCGCAGCCAAAUGCACAACAUGCAACACGCGCCGUCGCAACACGAAUCCCUCGAGCUCGAGGAGCGGCACAGCGGUGUUGGCGGUGCAGGCGGCGGUGGCGGUGGUGGUGGCGGUGGUCAUCGCUCGCAUUAUGGUCUAAUAGUGGCAUCCGCCGUUAAGCCGCAGGAGAUGUGCCAUCAUCAUCAUCAGCACCAGCAGCAGCAGCAACAACAGCAGCAACGAACGCCACAUCAUGCACAUCCUGCGCAUCAGCAUCAGCAGCAGCAACAGCAGCAAGCGCCGACGGUGGCAACGCGAUUGCCGCACAUGAUGCACGCCCAGAAAGCACCAAGCCAAACGAUGCUGCCCUUGGGCAAGGCGGGAGCAGGCGGAGGCGGAGGGGGAGGUGGAGGCAACACUGCUGGACCGCAUGCUGGCGGUGGUGGUGGGAAGCAGCUGAAGAACGAGGAAUCCAAAGUGUUCAUCGACAUACGGAAUUCAGCGCCAGACGUGAUUAUCAUGACGUCCCAUUGACAUUUAAGGAUUGCCCGCCAAUCAACAGCAGCACUAGCAUCAGCAGCAGCAGCAGCAACGGCAGCAGCAAUAGUAACAACAACAACAACAGCAACAUUGACCAACAACAGCAACAACGACGACGACGACGACGACAGCAUCACAAUGGCUGGCAUAUUAACCACAGCCACAACGGCGCCGCUGACACGACACGGACAUUCACGCAGACAGGCGCACGAGCCAGGACACGAACAAGGACACAGACACAGACACAGACACAGACAUGGACAUGGACAGGGACAUGAAGACGGCGUGGCGCAAUCAGGCAAACGAAUACGAAUAGCAAAACGCCAGCUUUCCGGCCGGAACAAAGUGUCGCAGUCGCAGUCGGAGCAGAUGCAUUUUUUCGUUUUUUAUGCGUUUUGUUUUGCACGUUUUUAUGCGGCGACUUUAAGGCCAGACCAUAAUUUUCAACUGGGAAAAGCUGCACAAGCGAUAAUUAAAUUUAAUUGAUUACGCUUUUUACACCUUGUUGCUGGCUCUCACUCACACACUCUCUUUCUCUCUCUUACUUAUUAUUAUUGCCAUCAUUAUUAUUAUUAUUAUUAUUAUUGUUACUAUGAUUGUUAUUAUUGCUGCGACUACGCACAUGCUUUAUACUAGCCAUUAAUUGUAGUACGAGUUGAUUUUCGUUCCCAGUCUUUUAUUUCAUUAAUUUCUUUUUUUUUGUGUUUGAUAUUAAGGGUUACCUGGGUUGAGCAAUUGUGCAUUCAAGUGCACCGAAAAUUGACAGGCAAUAUUCAAUAUACAUAUUAUGUAUACCCUGUAACCUAGUUGAGAGGAU